CCGUGCAAACAGUCGUCCCGGGCAUGCCCGUGCAAGUCGUGAUAGCGGUAGUUCGACUGGGUCAAUGGCGGAGUUCCGAGAGGUCUCUGCGAGCAGUCUUACGGGCGAUGGCCACGGAUGUCGAGACAUGUCUGCCACUGCAGACAGUCCUGAUCUACCCUGCGACGGGGAAAGAAGCCCUCUUUGGAACUCAGCGGAGGCCCGAAAUGAGAGGAAUGCGUUGGAGAAGGGAAAUACAAGGAUGAGGGGGGGGGACCGUCCUAGAGAACAACAAGAUGGCGGCGCCGGCCGUGGCACUGGUUCAGGUGGCCAUGGUGGUCGCGGUGACGGUGGAUUUGAAAGAAGGAACUCUGCCGCCAGUGAAGGGAUUUCAGAUUUUCCUAGCACCGGCGCAGCGGACAGGUUCACUCCGGCGGACAGGGACGGGUGCUCCUACUGGAAUCCGGGGGAGGAGCGAAAGGAGGGAAUGAGGGAUUCGGACAGUCCCGGAGAACCGCCAUGUGGCGGCAGCGGCCGUGGCAAUGGUGCAGGUGGUUAUGGUGGCGGCGGUGAAAUUUGGAACUCGGCCACUUGUCAAGCCACCUCAGAUCUGCCUCUUGCAGGCGGAGUAGACAGGUUCACUUCAGCGAACAGGGACGGGUGCCCUCUCUGGAAACCGGAGGAAGAGCGAAAUGAGAGGAUGAGGGAUUUGGAGCAUCCCGGAGAAGAACAAUUCGGCGGCGGCGGCGGCGGCGGCCGCAGCCGUGGCAGUAGUGCAGGUGGUUAUGGUGGUCGUGGUGAGGGUGGAUUGGACAUAAGGAGAGAGGGAGAGAGGGCACACACCUCAGAUCUGCCUGAUGCCGGCGCAUCCAACAGGUUCACUCCAGCGAACAGAGACGGGCGCCCUCCCUGGAUUCCGGGGGAGGGGCGAGAUGACAGGAUGAGGGAUAUGGAGCGUCCUGGAGAACAUGAAUGCGUUGGCGGGGGCGGCCGUGGCCGUGGUGCAGGUGGUUAUGAUGACCGUGGUGACGGUGGACUGGAAAGGAGAGAGGGAGAGGGGGCACGCACUUCAGAUCUGCCUGAUGCCGGGGCAGCCGAGAGGUUCACUCCAGCGAACAGGGCCGGGUGCAAUCCCUGGAAUCCGGGGCAGGAGCGAAAUGAGAGGAUGAGGGAUUCGGACCGUCGCAGAGAACAAGAAUUCGGCGCUGCCGGGGGCGUCGGUGGCGGUCGUGGCGGUGGUGCAAGUGGUUAUUAUGGUCGCGCUGACAGUGGAUUCGAAAAUUGGAACUCUGCCAGCAGUGAAGGCCCUGUAUAUGUGCCUCAUGCCUGCGGAGCCGACAGGUUCACUCCAGCCAACAGGGACCCUCGCUGGAACUCCUGGGAGGAGCAACAGGAGAGGCAGAGGGAUUUGGACCGUCGCGGAGAACAACAAUGCGGAAGCGGCGGCGGCGGCGGCCGUGGCAGUGGUGCAGGUGGUUAUGGUGGUGGUGGUUACGGUGGAUCCGACAGAAGGAACAAUGCCACCAGGGACGGCACUUCAGUUCUGCCUGGUGCCGGCGCAGUCGAUAGGUUCUUUCCGACGGACAGGGACGGGUACCCUCGCUUGAACUACCAAGAGGAGCGACAUGAGAGGAUGAGGGAUUUGGACAGUCCCGGAGGGCAACAGUACGGCACCGGAGGUCGUGGCAGAGCUGGUGGUCAGGUUUUCAAACUGAGCUCUCAGGUGAUCAAACUGAGCGCUCUAGGGCGCGUGGCCCGUCUCGGAGACCUGUACGACAUAUGCACCGACACGUUCUGCCAAGACUAUGGCCAGAGCGUCAGAGCCCUGUCGACGGACCGCUUCAGCCAGGUCACGAAGGCAUGUCCAUCACUUAAUGUGAGUUACGUACUCGAUGACGGUGCAUCAACAAGGUUUCAAACCCUGGGUGUCAGCUCUCAGCUCAAGCUGAGCAUACUUGGCCGUCUGUUCUCUCCUGAGGGAGCAGGAAGAUACUUAGUGGAUAGAAGCCCGGCUACAGGCGGAGAGACGGGGGGCGUCAAGGCGACUCUCUUCUGCCAGGUCAUCGCGAGCGAGCACCAGUUCGACCUCUGCUCCGCUUCCCCUCAAGAGCUGUCGAGAGAGGUCGAGCACGUCCUCGACAGAAAUGGCCACGCCACGGCGAGGGCUACUCAUUUUGUGAGGGGGAUCGUGUUUGGGGCUACCCUCGUGGCGUCCGUAACUUCGGGCCGGCCACGUGGGAAUCGUGCAAUGUCUUCAAUGGAUCGCCUUCGGGCGCACCUGAGCAGACGUCUAGCUGGCCUUCAGGCAUCGAUGAACCAUCUCGAGGGUCAUCCUGGCCGGCGCGAGGACUGGGUGGGCGGAGGCCAAGAGGAAGACGAAGACGACAGGGCUUUCAGUGUGAGGAUCUUUGCCGACUUCCUUCAGCAAGGACGUGAGCGAGGGACUCCUAGAACCCUGCGAGACCUGGAAGACGAUCUGAGGUACGCUGCACAAAUUCGCGCGCAGAAUCAAGGGCAGGCUGUUCCCGUCAUCAUCUACUUGUCGCCGUUAUCGGAUGUGCUGCACUCCACGACUGCUGGCAGACGGCUACCGUGGGAUGGUCCAUCGCAGCUGCCACUGCAUCCGGACGAAGACACCAUCGCUAGAACCGAGCUACUUCUCCAGGAGCUUAAUGACGUUCAGGCAGAGGUGGAUUCCCUCCUCUACGACAUGGAUAGCGCCAUACGCUGUUGUGGCAAACAUGCGAUCAACGUUUCGGACAUCUAUUGCGUGUGGGACGUAAGGGGAAGACUAUCAAGCAGACUGGAAGAACUCGUCCAGCAGGUGCGUGAGCUGACAGUCGGCAUUCGGAGAUCGCAGGGGAGGCAGGACUCGAGUGCAAUGAGGUCGAUGUUGGAGGCCUUCCGGUUCAGGUUGGGGUUACCUAGCCUGCGCGAUCUGCUGGCGGCACGAAGGGCUUGUUUCGAGGAGAGGAGGGCGUUCCUCAAUGACCUCCAACGCAACGGCAUCACCUUCACCGCCACGCUGGACUGUGAUGAACAGAUGACCGAACUCCACAUACUGUCAAAACACAAAGACGACAGCGUUUAUAUUUUGGUGCAUCACAAAGAAGCGCCUUACGGCGAGAUUUGGCGAAAGCACAUGGACAUGCUGAAGCAGGUGGCGGGUGAAAGCAAGAGUUCCCAAGCACAUGGCGAAGGAGAAAUCGGGAGGUUCACCCCGGGUCCUCGAGCUGCGGCUCCAGGGAGCGAGGGCAGCAGAAUGGAUUCUGGUCCUUUCUUCGUCUAUUUGGAGCUCCAAAAGGAUGACUCUCAAGACGGAGGUGGGCGGGUGCCUGACGAGGAAGAUCGUCUCCCAAGGACGGUGAUAAGGUUUUAUCAGAGCGGCGUAUUGAUGCAGGACGACUUUGCAGCACAUAUGGAAACAAUCGGCACACUUUGCCUAGUCAAAUGCAGGGAAAUUGUGAAGAUCGCCACCGAGGAGUUGAAUUCCGGGCAGGGUGGUCCUCAGAAGAGGACUGCACCCCUUCGUAUCAAAUGUCCUGGAGCUGUGUAUGGCAAGUGCGCUUCAACCAUCCAGGACUGGCACUGCGACGAGUGUUACGUUCAAGUGGAAUACGAUUGGAAUGGCCACGUAUCCUGUAAUUGCGGUCGCUCCCCUCUCCAGUAUCUCUCCUAUUUGUGCCGACACCCGAACCACCGUGAGCAGUACAUGCGAUACAGCCCGAUGGAUGACCUGACAACGGACCUGAACAAGCUGGAGAUGCGGAAGGAGAUCAACAUCCUGCUGCUGGGUGAGACGGGUGUGGGUAAGUCCACAUUCAUCAACGCCUUCGCCAAUUAUUUGAGUUUUGACGAGAUGGAACUUGCCAAGGAUGGCCUUAUGACACUGAUACCCUCGCAGUUCACGGUGUGCAAGGAGGAUGACUAUAACGGAGUACUGGUGUCCAUCGGCAAAAAGGACGACAACGAGGAAGCCAGUGCAGGCAAGUCCUGCACGCAAUCCUGCAAAGCCUAUCUGUUCAACUACGCGGAGUACCGGAUCCGUCUGAUCGACACUCCGGGCAUCGGUGACACUCGUGGCAUCGAACAGGACAAGAAGAACUUUGACAACAUCCUACGGUUCCUGAGCCAUUACAAGCUGAUCCACGGCAUCUGCAUCCUGUUGAAGCCCAACAAUGCCAGACUGAACGUUCUCUUCCGGUUCUGCAUCAACGAGUUGCUGUGCCAUAUCCACAAGAGCGCCAAGGACAACAUCGCUUUCGUCUUCACCAACGCCCGCUCCACCUUCUAUCGACCCGGAGAUACAAUGCCGCCAUUGAUGGAGAUGCUCAAGAAGGUCCGCCACUCGCCUCCCCACGUUGACAUUGAGCUGAGCAAGCAAACUAUCUACUGCUUGGACAACGAGUCCUUUCGGUUCCUGGCGGCCGUCAAUCAGGACCUAAGAUUUACCAAGCAGGAGACAGAAGACUUCGCGAGGAGCUGGACGGUGUCCGUCACUGAAUGUAGAAGGCUCAUUGAGUACAUAGUGAGUCGACCACCGCACCAAGUGCAGGACACCGUUUCCAUCAACGAGGCCCGUCGUCUCAUAUUGCAACUAGCGAUGCCACUCGGCGACAUCAGCAAGGUCAUCCAGAUCAACAAGAAGCUUAUUGAUGAGAAGAUGUCCGAAGAUGUGUCACACAUCAAGCACAUCUCGGAGCUCAGGAAGAUAUCGUUUGUACCAUGCGUGGAUCUGCAGUACGUCGAGCUCAAACAGCCACACACAGUGUGUGCGGCUGACUGCUGUCGAGAGGUCAUCACCGUGGGCGGCCUGGCGAAGUAUAAUUACAAGACUCGUUGUCACACCCCUUGCCACUUAACUAACGUGGAAAAGGAAACGCCAAACAACCCUGAAAUAAUGAGCUGCUGGGCAAUUCAACCGGAUGGGACGUGUCGUAAGUGUGGAUGUCAAUGGCAAUUUCACAUGCACGUCCUCCAUGAGACAACACUUGUUCAAUCCCAGCAGCGGGAUGACAGCGUCCACGAGAGGAUCACAACCCUGGAAGAGGCAAGAGCACGGCAUGGAAGGUUUAUUGCCCAGCUGAAGGAAAAGUCCGCGAAGUUGGAUAAAGAGCAAGAGACCAUAUCCAGGACCCUUGCACGAUUUGCUGUUUUCCUGAAGGCCAAUGCUAUCACGCCUUACAACGACUCAACGUUGGAGUACUUACGCCAUCUGAUUGACGAGGAGAGAGGCCUUCAGGAUGCUGGAAAGGGCAACUCUGCAGUUCUUGAAGGACUGACCAAGCUAAGGGCCGGCUAUGAGGAGGAGGUCAGAAUCCUUACCGCUGCCAUGAGUGAUCAUUCAGCGUCAUCAGCUUCAGGCCCUCGCAUUACUCCCGAGGAGAUCAAGAGGAGUGUUGAGCAGUUGUUUUCACUAGAGAUCAAUGGCGCAAACAUCAAGCUCGCAAUGAAGAACCUUGAGAAGGCCCACGAUAACCACCGCAUAGAAAUGAUGGUUUGGACUCUGAGGCCGGGUCUGAGGGCGAAGAAACCUCCUGGCGGGGAAAACGAUCAUCCACAUGGCAAGAACCAUUGGUUUCCUUUCGGCCGACAGGGAAGAAGCACAGACAGACAAGGCGGACGGGGGACAAAGCCAGCGGGCGCACGAGGACCAUACAAACCUGGAGGCAGCUACAGCAUGCCUGACUGGCCCGGCCACGUGGGAUUUCAAGGAGGUGCCAGCAGUUAUCAGUAUCGUGAAGAACCCCUGGGCUUCAAAAGACAUGGGGACGACUUUGGCAUGCAGCUACGGGGGGGAACUGAGAGUUAUAGUGAAGGCACCCGUUACAGGGAGGAUGACAAGGACACAUUCGACCAUUAUGGGGGAAGCGGGGUUUAUGGGGGUGAUGACCACGGGCAAGAAAGCGGGGACUGGUUUGGUGGCUAUGGAUAUGGCUUUGGUGGCGCUGGUAGAGAUGUUCAGAGACGAGAUGUAGAGUAUGGGAAUAACUCCUAUUCACCAUUGGCUGCCCGCACACCUCCAGGGUCACAGUACAAUGGUGUGGAGAGGUGGACGGAUGCUUUGGAAAGGCGGACCCAUGUAAGGGACUGCGGAGGUGCGUCUUCUCACACGACUCAAGGACAAUUGUACAAUAACGCGGGACGGAUGAUGCAUCUGGGGGAACACACAGGUGGCACUAGUGGAUGGGGAAGUGAGCGGGAAGGGAUAGGUGGCCCUAGUGGACGAGGGCGAGGUGAGCCUGCAACGACACCACCGUCAUCACAGGAUGUUGGCCAACAAGGCCGCAGCUCCCGGUUAAAAUCCCUGAUGAGAAAUCGGGGAUGAGCCUCAGCUUGCACCAACUGUGGGUCUGCUUGUGAUGGAAGGCAAGCAUCAGAACAAAACGGUAACCCAAAU